UCAAACUCCUCCGGGUCUGUCAAUGCCGGGCCCCUCCGCCUCCGCCCCCCCCUGCCGCUUCGCCGCCCGCUGGGCGGCCGACGCCCUCGCCGGCGACGAGGCCCUCGACUUCUCCUUCGUCAAAGCGCUGGUGGGCGUCUUGCCGGAGUCCCUCGCGGGCGCGCCGGAGGCUACGCGGGAUAGGGUUGCGCUUCGAUGCCUGCGGGAGGUCGUCUCCCUCGCCGCCCCGGGCGAGGGCGAGGUCGCCGCGACGCCGGCGGUGGCGGAGGUCGAGUCCGGGACGCUUAGGGUUGAUGCCUCCCGCUCCUGUGAGGAAUUGCUGAUUGAGUUGCUUGGACAGGUUGGUAGUUCAGGAAGCUUGGAGAAAGAUAUGCUUCCACCUUUUAGCAAGGAUAUCCAAAAGUUUAUAUGCAUCAAGACACCGGCUUUACCAGAAACUUCUUUUGAGUUGCUUAGAGAAGUGAACCCAGACAUCGCGUGUAUGGUCGCACCGCCCCCAGUUGAGAAGGGCGGCAAGAACAUUGGCAAUGACCAGUUGUUGUGCGGCAUCAGCCCUGAUCAUGUAAAUACAGAGAGGCACGGGUGCCCUACAAAUAGGUGUUACGACCGCCCUCAGGAAGAUACCACUGGCGCUGUUGGUGUCAGUGUCAGAUCCGCACAAACGAGUCCAAGUAAAGAUAAUAGAAAUAUGUCCAUUACAGCUGAGCCUGCUUCAGCUAGCUGCAGUGCUGCUUUUCUUCCAUGUAAUACUGAACUUAUGCCAAAGCAGAAUGUGGCGGAGACUACCGCGUCCCAAGAAAAGAGUCCAACUACCAUUCUUCAACGAGAAUCCUGUGGAGACAAGUACAAAAAUUCAUCCUGCGAUAAUGAUGGAGAGAGAUCACAUGGUAAUGGCACCAACAUUCAUUUAUCAAAGAAUCUCAGCGAUGAUACAGUGGCUCCAGAUUCUGACAGAAGCACUGAUGCUUUGCUGGCAAAUACAUCUGAAACAAGAACUUUGCCUGAGUUUGUUGCUGCAGAUGGUACAGGUGUAAUUGCAGAACUGCAUGGCAGAAAAACUCGAAGGAGUUCACCGCAACAUGACAGCAGUGAGAAAGCAAGUCAUGUUUUGGAUGAGGGUAGUGCGAGGAUUCAGCCAGUGGAAAAGGGUUCUGGUCAUAAUGAACAGAAUCUGCAAACUGCUGGUGUUGUACCUUCUGUAAGCUGCAACAGGGCUGUUCAAGGAGAUAAAUAUGAAACCAACCUUCCACAAGAGAAUGCUACAGGACUUUCUAAAUUGUUUAAGGAGAAGAAUGAUAAGGCUCUUCUGGAAGUCAGUUGUGCUGACAAAGCCAAUCCAGCACUACAUGAUGAUGGCAACAUCUUGGAAAAUGAUACAUCCAGUUAUAGGAAAACCUCUCUAGAUUCUUCUUGCUGCAAUGCAGUGGAAACAUCAAAUGUGCAUCGCUCCAAUGACAGUCCCGGUGGCUUUGCAGCCGCUUGUCUUCUAUCAUUGAUGGGCAAUAUGCCGUCCUGUAGUCAGGAUAAAGAGGCCAAUGGUUCCACUGAGGGCUUUACGGAACAAGAUUUGUGCAUAAAAUGUGGUAAAGAUGGCCAGUUGCUGAAAUGUAGCAGCUGCUCAUUAAUUGCUCAUGAUCGCUGUUUUGGUUCAUCAGUGACGCUUGAUGUUUCUGGCCAGUUUUAUUGCCCUGUAUGUUUCUAUACUAAAGCUACUGAAGCAUAUCAAAAGGCGAAAAUAACAUAUUUGGAAGCUAGGAAGAACCUAUCUGCUUUCCUUGGCACAAAGCAAUUUCCUAAGGAACACCAUGAACAAUCUACUGGAAAACGGCGAACAGCUACCAACAGCAAGGAUCACUCGAAUGGGUUUAUUACGUCCAAAAGGCAAGAUAACCAUCAGUCUGAAGCUGAUGACCUUUCUUGUAAGGAUGAAGAACCUGGUGAGCAGAGGAAAAAUCAGAGAACAAAUGAUACAAGUGAUGUGCGUCCUGAGGAGGGUCAGCUGAAUGAGUGUGAUACUUCCAAAAGGCAAGGUAACCAUCAGCCCGAUACAUAUAAUCUUUCUCAUAAUGAUCUAGAACCUGGUCAGCAGAGGAAGAAGCAGAGAACAAAUGCUACGAGUGACACUUGUCCUGGGGACGUAAUCACUGAAAAGGCAUCUUUUGGUCUGAAUUCUGAUAUUGCACCCAAUAGAGAUUGUGUACUCCAAAAUAAAAGAAAACUAGUUGAGCAGUCUGUGGAAAGUGCAGAAGCCCAUGAAGAUGGUAAUGGCAAUUCAUUUUAUGAUGCGCAACAUUCAUCUCAGAAUAGAUGCAGUCCUGUUGCCAACCAGAGUGUUGAGGCUGAAAAACAUGACAGUCUUACAAAUUCUCACGACCCCAAAAGUUCUGAUGAAAUAGAAGCUACAUCUUCAAAUAAUUCUGGCAAGGGGUCGUCGCCUCCUUGGCGAAACAUGAGACGCCACAAAGCAAGAUUCCAUGGAAAGGAGACAGUGGUAUCUUAUAAUUCUAAAAAAGCAUUGCAAUGCCAGGAUCAGCAGAUGCCUUCAUCAUCAAGCAAACAGAACUAUGCAUAUCAACCCAAGCAUCCCUGUAAUCCUCUUGCACCAGCUGGAAGGCGCUCAAAGCUCUGUUGGACGGAAGAAGAAGAGCAAGCUUUGAGGGAUGCAAUGUUGAAGUUCACCCCAAAGGAUGGCGGACCAAUUCCGUGGGUUCAGAUAUUAGAAUCUGGCAGGGGUACGUUCCACAAGAAACGCCUCGCCAGUGAUCUGAGAGUCAAAUGGAGGAACAUGACGAAGAAAUCAGGAUCCUAGUACUGAUCAUCUUUUCUGAAAAAAAGGUACUGACCAUCUGGCACCUAGUGCAGCCAUUGUGCCAUGCUUGCCUAACCCUUUAUUCACCCCCUCGAGGUAGCUAUUGUGCAUCAUCUUGUAAGACUGUACAUAGUGCGUGCUGCUGGCUUCUGACCCAUGCCACUGGGUGAAACAUGUAGAUUGCAAGCAUUACAUUUCAAUAGGGGGACUUCAUUCCUAUGCUAUCUAUUAGUCUGUUGUUGUGGGUUUAGAGCUAUGUAAAGAAACUGUAUUCUUUUCCGGCAAAUAAACAUAUAGUCGCCGUCACAAUUUCCAAUUGAAAA